AUGGCGGCAGCUCCGGCUCCCAAACCAGUUAAAGAACCAUUCCCCAUAUCCCUCGUGGCUGGCCGCUACCUCCUCUUUGAUGUGGACGUUAUUGCGCACUGCCGUCGCACGCACAACAUCUGCGGUCUCCUGGUCGGCACGAUACCGAACCUCAGCCAACAGAACGUUUUUCUGGGCGUACCACUUGAACUCAUGCCGGAAGAGGCUCGGGUACUCGUCGAUAAAGGCGCUGCGUAUAUCGUGGAUGAUGCGCAGGCACAUCAGAAGGCUUUUGCGGAGAUGAGCCGAGAGGACAGACUGAGGUACAUGGAGGAGAUGGACAAGCGAGGGGAGGACGUCACCAAGGAACAGACCGAGCUGGCGGAGAGGCGGAAGGAGAGGGCGUUGAAGGAGAAGGGCCUGAAGAGGGAGGAAGUCGACAAGCGUAGCGUUGCGGCGAGCACGACAUCGGACGAGACACUCCAAGCAGACGACUCCAGUGUCGCGAGCUCCGGGCUGGGUUUCAUCAUGAAGGGUUCAAGCUUCUCCGACUCGGCGGCGCCAGUAAAGGCAGCCAGGGUCAUCUCCAGUCCUGCCAGCUCAGUCACUGAUAGCUCGGAUCUUGGUAGCUCUGGUUUAGGCUUCAUCAUGAAAGGCUCUAGUUUCUCAGACUCCUGGGUGCAAGUCAAGGCCCCCAAGAUUGACUCCUCUGCCGCCGAGGUCUCGCUGUUCGACGCUGCGCCCCCUUCGCCUGCUGCUGAACCAGCCGUCCCCGCCCAGGGUAGUGCGCCGAAAGGCGUCGCCGCCCAGAAACACCAUGUCACACCGACAACCUCAUACCCACCUCUCUCCACGCCCGCAAAAGACCCUGCUGUCCCUCCGCCGGCUGUGCCAGACAGCUAUCCGUUGUUCCGCUAUCUGCACUCCAAGGGCUACUACCACAUGCCUGGGCUGCGCUUUGGGUGCCACUACAACGUGUACCCAGGCGACCCACUUCGAUAUCACAGCCACUUUGCUGCUACCGGCUUGGGCUGGGACCAGAAGUUCGACCUGCUCGACGUUGUUGGCGGAGGACGUCUCGGCACAGGAACGAAGAAGGCGUACAUGAUUGGUGGCGAGAACCCCGACGUAGACUCGCAAGAGGACGAGUCCGUGAGGGCGUUCUCUGUUGAGUGGGCGGCUAUAUAA